AUGGCGAAGGAUCAGCUAGAGGUCCUCAACGCGCUGGACCAGGCCAAGACUCAACUCUACCACUUCACUGCGGUGGUGAUCGCCGGGAUGGGCUUCUUCACCGACGCGUACGACCUCUUCUGCAUCUCCCUGGUGACCAAGCUCCUCGGCCGGAUCUAUUACUACGUGCCCGGAUCCUCGAAGCCUGGUAGUUUGCCCCCAAACGCAGCAGCCGCCGUGAACGGGGUCGCUUUGUGCGGGACCCUGGCAGGGCAGCUCUUCUUCGGGUGGCUCGGGGACAAGCUGGGCCGCAAGCGCGUCUACGGCAUCACCCUUAUGCUCAUGGUGGGGUGUUCCAUCGCCUCCGGGCUCUCCUUGGGGAGCUCGCCGGGGGCCGUCAUGGCGACCCUUUGCUUCUUCAGAUUCUGGCUAGGUUUCGGCAUCGGAGGGGACUAUCCAUUGUCCGCGACGAUCAUGGCAGAGUACUCCAACAAGAAGACCCGGGGCAGUUUCAUCGCGGCGGUGUUCGCGAUGCAAGGGUUCGGGAUCCUCGCAGGCGGGACAGUCGCUAUCAUCGUCUCCUCCAUCUUCCGCGCUCUGUACCCCGCGCGGCCGUUCGUCCAUGAUCACGUGGGAUCCACCGUCCCCCAGGCAGACUACGUGUGGAGGAUAAUCCUGAUGUUCGGCGCGCUGCCAGCGGCCCUCACCUACUACUGGAGGAUGAAGAUGCCGGAGACGCCGCGCUACACCGCCCUGGUGGCCAAGAACGCCGAGAAGACCUGCGUGGACAUGUCGAAGGUCUUGCAAGUCGAUAUCCCGGUCGAGAAGCAAACCAUCGAGAGCCAAGACCGGGUUGAAACCGCCAGUUUCGGGCUCUUUUCCAAGGAGUUCCUCCGUAGGCAUGGCUUGCACCUGCUGGGCACGACAAGCACCUGGUUCUUGCUAGACAUUGCCUACUACAGCCAAAACCUCUUCCAGAAGGACAUAUUCAGCGCGGUCGGAUGGCUCCCCGCUGCGAAAUCCAUGAGCGCCCUCGGCGAGCUCUACAAGAUCGCCCGGGCCCAAACCCUAAUCGCGCUCUGCGGCACCGUCCCGGGCUACUGGUUCACGGUCUUCCUCAUCGACCGCAUCGGCCGGUUCACCAUCCAGUCCAUCGGGUUCCUCUUCAUGUCGGUGUUCAUGUUCGCCCUAGCCUUGCCGUACCACCACUGGACCCUCAAGGAGAACAACAUCGGGUUCGUGGUCAUGUACGGGCUGACCUUCUUCUUCGCCAACUUCGGGCCCAACAGCACGACCUUCAUCGUCCCCGCCGAGAUCUUCCCAGCCCGGAUCAGGGCCACGUGCCACGGGAUCUCAGCAGCCUCGGGGAAGGCCGGCGCCAUCGUGGGCGCCUUCGGGUUCCUGUACGCGUCGCAGAACCAGGACAAGGCCAAGGCCGACCCGGGGUUCCCCGCCGGGAUCGGGAUGAGAAACUCAUUGAUCGUGCUCGCGGUGAUCAAUAUACUGGGAUUGUUCUUGACUCUUCUCGUGCCUGAAUCCAAAGGAAAAUCACUCGAGGAAAUAUCAGGGGAUGUUCAGGAGGAGGGGAAAAUCGGAUGCUCCUUUUGAGCUUAAACUCUUCAAUAAUGAAAAUUCUCUCAUUUGUUGUUCUCUUUCCUCU